GCUUCAUGUUUCCUGUCGCAGGUGGUUUAGGCCCCCCUCAAGGGAUGAUUCCUAUGCAACAGCAAGGAUUUCCAAUGGUUCCUGUCAUGCAGUCCAAUAUGCCAGGCAUGAUGGGAAUGAAUUAUGGUUCUCAGAUGCCUCCUGGACCCAUGACCAUGCAGGGUGGCAUGCCCUUAGGGCCGAUGCCAGCGACCGGAAUGCCUUACAUGGGACAGGCUUCUUUCUUGGGAAUGCGUCCAGCAGCCCCGCAGUACACCCCUGACAUGCAGAAGCAGUUUGCAGAGGAACAACAGAAGAGGUUUGAGCACCAGCAGAAAUUCUUGGAAGAAGAAAGAAAACGGCGGCAGUUUGAAGAGCAGAAACAAAAGCUGAGACUCCUAAGCAGUGUGAAACCUAAGACAGGUGAAAAAAGCAGGGAUGAUGCUUUGGAAGCCAUUAAAGGAAAUUUAGAUGGUUUUUCUAGAGAUGCUAAAAUGCACCCGACACCAGCAUCACAUCCCAAAAAGCCAGAUCAUCCCACAUCAUCCCCUUCUGCUGUAUCUGUUUCCCACUCUGCUUUUCUCGAUGAUGAAGAAUUUAGUGACUUUAUACAAGGGCCUGUUGAAAUCCCCAAACUGGUGCCUCAAACCACCUCUCAGCCUUUUCAGCCUUUCCAUUCUGCUGCUGAGGCUGGGCAACUGCUUUCAGAAAAGGCUGUGGUCCAACCUCUCCCUCCAGCCCAGACUCCAGUGUUAUCCAUCCUGCAUGGUACAACUGGGCAGGUUCCUUAUUUUCCUACCUCUGCAUCUUCACCCAAUAUCCAUAAAACAGGCUCUUCCUUGGAGGAGAAAGCCUUAGAUAAUGGCUCAAAUGAAUCUGAACAAGAGCAAACCAAACUUAAAACAUCCGAAGUUGGGCACAAAGCCUCGGCUGCAAGCCAAGUUCAUCCCAGUCUAACCAUCAAUGACUGGGAUGUUGUAGGUGGACAUGAAAGUGGUACCACUGCUGCAGAGGUGCACAAGGUUUCAGAACAAAACAUAGCAGUUGAAGAGUGUGGAGUUGGAGUAUUCCCUUCACAGGACCCAAUUCAGCAAAUGAUGCCUCCUUGGAUUUACAACGAUAGCUUGGUCCCAGAGUUGUAUAAGAAAAUUUUAGAAACCACUUUGACUCCUACUGGAAUAGAUACAGCUAAACUCUAUCCCAUACUGAUGUCAUCUGGAUUGCCCAGAGAGACCCUUGGACAAAUAUGGGCUUUAGCCAACCGCACUACUCCUGGGAAGCUCACAAAAGAAGAGCUCUACGCUGUCCUGGCUAUGAUAGCAGUAACUCAGAGAGGAAUACCUGCAGUGAGUCCUGACGUGUUAAACCAGUUUCCAGCUGCCCCUGUUCCUACUUUAACUGGAUUUCCAAUGCCGCUGCCUGCCACAGUGAGCCAGCAGCCUCUGAUGCCCUCCGCACCGCCGGUCUCCAUGCCUCUUAGCAUUGGGCCGGCCGUGAUGGGAAUGAACAUCACGGCACCAGCGGGCGGAGCUGCAGCACAGCCUUCGGGAGGAUUUGUGCCAUCCUACCCGCCGAGUCAGGUAGUAAAACCAGAAGAUGAUGACUUCCAGGAGUUUCAAGAUGCCUCAAAGUCUGGCUCACUAGAUGACUCUUUCACUGAUUUCCAAGGGGAUGUAGCUGGCUCCUCCAAAGCAGCCAGUUCACAGCACCGGAGCAGUGUUCCUUCUUUACUAAUGCCACUCCCAGGUAAUAAGACACUCUCGUCAACUGAUAAGUAUGCUGUGUUUAAAGGAAUUGCAGCCGAGAAGCCUUCUGAUAGUACAGCUACUUUUGGAGAUUGUGGAGACAAGUAUAGUGCUUUCCGUGAAUUAGAACAACCAUCGGAGAGCAAAUACUUGGGAGAGAACCUUGCAGAAUUCAAGCCUGCAGGAACCGAUGAUGGUUUCACAGAUUUUAAAACCGCUGACAGCAUCUCACCAUUAGAGCCACCUACAAAAGACAAAAAAAAAAACCCUACAUCCUUCCCUUCUCUGCCUGUUCAGUCAAAACAGCAAACACAAGCAAAGACCUCUUUGAAUCUAGCAGACUUGGAUCUCUUUUCCUCUACUGGAGAAAACAAGCAGCCAUCCUUUCCACCUGCAUUUAAUACAUCAAAAUCGGGCUCCUUUCCUCCACCACCCCUUCCAUCUACCGCUGCCCAACCAGCACCCAACAAAAGUUCAAGCUUAGCUGAUGAAUUUGGAGAGUUCAACCUCUUUGGGGAAUUUUCUAAUUGCGCAUCAGCCAGUGGACAAGAUGACUUUGCAGAUUUUAUGGCUUUCAACAAUAGCAGUGGAUUUUCCGAACAAAAAACAGAUGACAAAUACAAUGCACUUAAGCUGGAGGCCGGUCCUGUUCCUCAGUCUGGCUCAUCUGCCAGCACGGUGAAGAGCGGGCAGAGUUCUGCCACUGCUGCUACGCCCACCAAAUACGAUAUCUUCAAACAGCUUUCUCUGGAAGGCCCUGGAGCAGGCUUUGAGGAGGCGAAGGACAACACGCUUUCUUCAGUGAAGAGCGAUGAUGAUUUUGCCGACUUUCACUCUAACAAGUUUUCCACAUGCAACAGCGCAGAUAAGUCCCUGGUGGACAAAGUCGCAGCUUUCAAGCAGGCCAAAGAAGACUCUGCCUCGGUGAAGUCUCUGGAUCUCCCUUCUAUUGGUGGCAGCAGUGUCGGCAAGGAGGAUUCUGAAGAUGCGUUGUCUGUUCAGUUUGACAUGAAACUGGCUGAUGUGGGAGGAGAUCUUAAGCAUGUCAUGUCUGAUAGCUCUUUGGAUUUGCCAACAGUUAGUGGCCAGCAUCCACCAGCAGCAGAUAUAGAUGACUUAAAAAGUGCCCCAUUUGGAAGCUAUAACAGUGGGUCUGCAGUGAGCAGCCUGGCAAGCUAUGACUGGUCCGACAAAGAAGACAUUCAUCAGAGCAAGAAGCUCUCCUCCUUUGUCCAGUCUUCAGGAAGUGGAUCCUCUGCGGCUACUUCUGUUCUUCAGAAGAAGGAGACCUUCUUUGGCAGUUCAGAAAACAUUACCAUGACGACAGUUUCCAAAGUGACAACCUUUUCUAGCGACGAUGCUUUACAGGAUGUUUCCUUUGUAGCCUUUGCAAACUUUAAAGACUCUGGACCAAUAUCCAGCGGUCCAAGUGACGAUGACAUUGGAGACUUUGGUGAUUUUGCAAGACCUUCAUCAGAAGCACAGGAUGCAGCAGCAGCAGCUGACACAAAUCAAGAGGCAGACUUCCUUGCUAGUGAUAUCUCUUCCGAACUGCGAAGAGAAUCUACAGAUGACUUUGGAGAAUUCCAGAGUGAAAAGCCAAAAAUCAGCAAGUUUGACUUCUUGGUGGCAACUUCCCAAGGCAAGGUGAAAUCUAGUGAAGAAAUGAUCAAGAGUGAACUGGCUACCUUUGACCUGUCUGUUCAAGGGUCUCAUAAAAGGAGUUUAAGCCUAGGUGACCGAGAAAUAAGUCGCUCUUCACCUUUACCAGUUUUGGAACAGCCAUUUAGAGAUCGUUCAAAUACUCUAAGUGAGAAGCCUGCUUUGCCUGUCAUCAGGGACAAAUACAAAGACUUGACUGGGGAAGUUGAGGAAAGUGAGAGGUAUGCAUACGAAUGGCAAAGAUGCUUGGAGAGUGCCCUGCAAGUCAUAAAGAAAGCAAAUGAUACCUUAAAUGGAAUAAGUAGUUCCUCUGUUUGCACUGAAGUUAUCCAGUCUGCUCAAGGCAUGGAAUAUUUACUAGGGGUUGUUGAAGUCUACAGGGUAACAAAGAGAGUUGAACUGGGUAUCAAAGCAACUGCUGUUUGUAGUGAGAAACUCCAGCAGCUGCUGAAGGAUAUUGAUAAAGUGUGGAACAACCUAAUAAGCUUCAUGUCACUUGCUGCUUUAACGCCAGAUGAAAACUCACUGGAUUUCUCUUCUUGUAUGCUGCGUCCAGGGAUUAAAAAUGCCCAAGAUCUUGCCUGUGGAGUGUGCCUCCUAAACGUGGAUUCAAGAAGUAAAAAAGAAGAGAAACCUGUGGAAGAGCUUCCUAGAAAAGCCUUUAAUUCGGAAACGGAUAACUUUAAGCUGGCGUAUGGAGGACACCAAUACCAUGCAAGCUGUGCAAAUUUCUGGAUCAACUGUGUGGAGCCAAAACCUCCAGGUCUCAUUUUGCCAGACCUGCUCUGAAAGCAGUUGCACUGAAGAUGGAGUAUCAGGUCGAAUAAUGCAGGACACUUGGGGUAAAUGGUGUGAUAGGGUAAGUGGAAAGGCUUGGGGUGUGGUUAGUGUUUGAAAUGUUUCGGUUUGAUUUUUGUACCAUAAUGGGCUAAAGCCACUGUCACAUACAAAUUGCUCAUGAAGAAUCUCACUUGAAAUGGCUGGGGUUUCAGAAAUAACCAGAAAAAAAUGUAGUGUGGCAAAAAAUGCGGCAUUUCAGUCUUUCUCAAGAUGAAAGCGGGUUAGUCUUUGUAAAAAGCAGUCUGCUAACCAAGUGCAUAAACCUCUGAGAGAGGCCAGUACCUAGCUUCCAAGAAAAACUGAAAUGCUAGACUGAUUUGCAUGGAAGUGACCGCUUAAAUACUUGAAGUACAUAUUUGCAAAUAAAUCUUUUCUUUAAUGUUUUUGGUAUAUGGACCAUGAUGUUUUUCUUUAAAUAUUUGCUGCUAUAAUAUUACAAUGCAUACAAUGCAUGAGUCACAGUAACUUUCAAGGCAAAAUGAAUUAUUGACUUAGAAGGAAUGAGACUGCGGAGAGCCAUCGUAUAUUUAUACUUCCACUGUUCUGUAUUGUAAUUAUACUGUAUUCAUAUGCAUAACUGGUUAGUACUGGGGGAUAAGGACUUGAGAAAAUUCUUGAAAUUUUCCCUAUAAUAUCUGGAUUCUUUAGUACAGGCAGCUGCAUUUUAAAACUUGUAGUCUUUGCUACUCUGUUGUAAAUAUAGACAAACUCUUUCCUUGGACUUGUCCUGAACUACAGAUA